AUGGAAAAACAACAAUGUCUCCUGAACGACAUUGUGUACGACAUCUUGAGUCGGAUGCCAGUGAAAUCCUUAAUACGAUUCAGGUGCGUUUCUAAGUCUUUUGGCUCCACAAUCACCGACCCUAAAUUCAUUGCCACACAUCUCAACCAAGCUAUAUCACUAUCCAAUAACAACAACAGUACUCACAAUGGCUAUCUUCUAUAUACGCCACAUCCUUCAUCACCUGACAUCGAGGAAGAAUUGCAUACAGUUGUUUACAACACUGACCACUCUUUGACUGAGGUUUCUAGCUUUGAAAUCCCCUAUGUUCUUGGUGGUGCCAACAUUGUUGCCUUCUGUAAUGGUUUGCUUUGUCUCACUAAUAAUUCUGAGAAGAACUUAGCUGAUCAAAGUCUAUAUUUGUGGAACCCAAGUAUUAAAAUGUUUAAGAUAGUUCCUACUCAAUUUCCUGACCACCUUUCUGUUUCUGGGGUCACUUUUGGAUUUGCUCAUCAAAACAAUGAUUUCAAGAUUCUCAGGCUUGUUUGUUUUGCAAGUGGAGGGGCCGAGGCGCAGGUUUACACUUUAGAGUACAAAUUCAUGGAAAAAGUAUGA